AUGAACACCUGGAAUUACACAAAUGAACCCGAUGACUUCAUCCUCAUGGGACUGACAGAUUCCAAGGAGGUCCAGCUGGUCCUCUCUGUGCUGUUUCUCUUGAUAUACCUGGUUACUGUGCUGGGAAACACAGGGAUGAUUCUCAUCAUUUGUCUCGAUGCCCAGCUUCAUAUCCCCAUGUAUUUCUUUCUCACCCACCUGUCAUUCCUGGACCUCAGUUACUCAACUAUUGUCACCCCCAAAACCUUAGAGAACAUGCUGACUUCCACCAAGACUAUCUCUUUCAUGGGCUGCUUCACUCAGAUGUAUUUUUUUGUCCUCCUGGCGGGUGCUGAAUGCUUUAUUCUCACAUCAAUGGCCAUUGAUCGCUUUGUAGCUAUCUGUAAUCCCCUACACUAUCCAGUUCUUAUGUCCACAAAACACUGCCAUGCUCUCCUCUUUGGGUCUUACAUGAUUGGAGCUGUAGAUUCCUGUGUCUAUGUACUUUGCAUGAGUACACUGAAUUUCUGCAACUCCAAUAUAAUCCAUCAUUUUUUCUGUGACACAUCCCCAGUUUUAAUACUGUCUUGUAAUGAUACAUAUGACAUUGAAAUCAUUAUAUUUAUUUUUGCUGGUUCCACUCUCUUAGUAUCUUUUAUCACUGUAUCUGCAUCCUAUGUGUCAAUUUUCUCUACAAUUUUGAAACUCAGUUCCACUUCAGGAAAGCAAAAAGCCUUCUCCACAUGUGCCUCUCAUCUCCUGGGAGUCACCAUCUUUUAUGGUACUAUGAUCUUUACGUAUUUAAAGCCAAGUAAGUCCUAUUCAUUGGGAAAGGAUCAAGUGGCUUCUGUAUUUUACACCAUUGUGAUCCCCAUGCUGAACCCACUCAUUUAUAGUCUCAGAAACAAGGAAGUAAAAAGUUCUCUCAUUAGGGUCAUAGAGAAAAUGAAGGGAUCCAAGUAA